GUCAUUGCUCAUUCAGUCAUCGAUUAAACCCCUUACAGAAAACUCUACCAUGUGGCUGGCACUGUUGAUCUAUGGCCUCAUCUUCACCUUCGGCUUGGUGUCAUUGCAAAACGCGUACCUGGCCCUGCUCGAGCGACUCUUCGGCUGGGGCUCGCGCCACCUGCAGGAGCUGCGGCGAGCCAACGAGCGCGAGGAGCUGAAGAGCCUCGGCGACGGCUGGACACUGAACCCAAGGGUCGCGGAGCAGCAGAAGCAGAAGCAGAAAAAUGUACGCCAAAGAAGAAACAAACAGAUGCAGACGCCGGCGAAGAGUCAGCUGUGCCAGCAGAUGGAGCAGUGCUGUGACAUGAUAUCCGAGGGCAUGGCUCUGGUGUUGGAGGACGAUGUGACGACGCGAUUUGUGUCCGCCCCCUUGCCAGCGGGUGAGUGGAAUCUGCUGACCCGUGACCUGUCCGUGCAUAUAGGGCUCCUCAGCUGGCGGCUGAGAGUGGUCUGGCUGCUGGGACUGCUCUUUCGCUACACACUGUUGGCGCCCCUGCGGACGGCGACGUGUCUGAGCUGCCUGCUGUUGGUCCCCGCCACUACGGGACUGAUUGGUCUGCUGUGCAAAUUGAGGUGCAACCAACGUGUUGGCAAGUGGCUGCUGCGCCAGUGCCUCUGCAUGACCGCGAGCUUUGUGCCGAUAAUGCGACGCUACCACAAUCUCGAGCAUCGCCCCACCAAGGGCAUCUGCGUGUGCAACCACACCAAUCCACUGGACGUGCUCAUCCUCAUGUGCGAUGUGCAGUACUCGCUGACCGGGCAGCGGCACGACGGCAUCCUCGGGGUCUUCCAGAGCUCCCUGUCGCGUGUCUCGCCGCACAUGUGGUUCAACCGCCGUGAGCCCGGCGAGCGUGAGGCCCUCGGCGAUGCCCUGCGCCAGCACACGCAGAGCCCAGACAAGCCGCCGAUUCUGCUCUUCCCCGAGGCCACGUGCAUCAACAACACCGCCGUAAUGCAGUUCAAGAAGGGCAGCUUCGCCGUCAGCGAUGUCGUCUACCCGAUGGCCAUACGCUACGACCGCCGCUACGGCGAGGCCUACUGGGACAGCACCCGCUACUCGAUGUUCCGCUACAUGCUGAUGCUGGUCUCCUCCUGGUGCCUCAGCUGCGACAUCUGGUACCUGCCACCCAUUUCCCGCGAGCCCAACGAGUCGCCCAUUCGAUUCGCCAGUCGCGUGAAGGCUGCAAUAGCCGCCCAAGCGGGCAUCGAGGAUCUGCCCUGGGAUGGCAAUCUCAAGCGCUGCUCUCCCGUUCGGGAUUGGUUAUAAACAUGCUCAAUGCCAUGGCCCCAGCUCCAGUUAAU